CACAUUAAUACGUCUGUCACCCGCUAGCAAUUUUCUGUAUUGCCAACUGUAAUAAAAAAAAAACAAGAACGAAAGCAAAUUACGACUUCGAUAUCGGCCAUUUUCGUUGCGGUUGUCUUCAGACAUGUCGCACAGGAAAUUCUCUGCACCCCGCCAUGGGUCUAUGGGAUUCUACCCCAAGAAGCGGUCCCGUCGUCAUCGUGGUAAAGUGAAGGCAUUCCCCAAAGAUGAUCCUAGCAAACCUGUGCAUCUAACCGCAUUUAUUGGUUACAAGGCUGGUAUGACCCACGUGGUUCGUGAACCUGACCGUCCUGGUUCAAAGAUCAACAAGAAGGAGAUUGUGGAAGCCGUAACUAUCAUCGAGACACCACCAAUGGUGUGCGUCGGAGUAGUUGGUUACAUUGAAACUCCGCAUGGUCUCCGUGCUUUGCUCACUGUGUGGGCUGAGCACAUGUCGGAAGACUGCCGUCGUCGCUUCUAUAAGAAUUGGUACAAGUGCAAGAAGAAGGCCUUUACCAAGUCUAGCAAGAAAUGGCAAGAUGAGCUGGGCCGGAAAUCAAUUGAAAAAGAUUUCAAGAAAAUGAUCCGUUACUGUAGUGUAGUCAGGAUUAUUGCGCAUACUCAGAUGAAGUUGCUGAAACAACGCCAAAAGAAGGCUCAUAUUAUGGAGAUCCAGGUCAAUGGUGGGACUAUUGAAGAUAAAGUGAAAUGGGCUAGAGAGCACUUGGAGAAACCCAUCCCAGUUGAUUCUGUAUUUGCUCAAGAUGAGAUGAUUGACUGCAUUGGAGUCACAAAGGGCAAAGGAUACAAAGGUGUGACUUCACGUUGGCACACCAAGAAGCUUCCACGUAAGACCCAUAAAGGUCUGCGAAAGGUUGCUUGUAUUGGAGCAUGGCAUCCAUCAAGAGUGUCCUUCACUGUAGCUCGUGCUGGUCAGAAGGGCUAUCACCACCGUACCGAGAUGAACAAAAAAAUAUACCGUAUUGGACAAGGUAUCCACACUAAGGAUGGGAAGGUUAUCAAGAACAAUGCUUCUACUGAAUAUGACCUGUCUGAGAAGUCUAUCACACCUAUGGGUGGUUUCCCUCACUAUGGAGAAGUAAACAAUGAUUUUGUGAUGAUCAAGGGUUGCUGUAUGGGACCUAAGAAACGAGUCAUCACUCUUAGAAAGUCGCUCCGAGUUCACACCAAGAGGGCCGCUCUCGAGAAAAUCAACCUCAAGUUCAUUGAUACAUCGUCCAAGUUUGGUCACGGUCGCUUCCAGACGCCGGCUGACAAGGCCGCCUUCAUGGGUACUCUCAAGAAGGAUCGCAUCCGGGAAGAAGCUGCAGCCACCACCGCCCCUGCUGCAGCUCCUCAAUCCUAAAUAAAUAGGAUUAAAAUAACAAAUAAAUGUAAUUGACAUUACAAA